AUGGCUUCUAGCAUCGAGACCGUUGAGAGCAUUGCUGUAGGAGCAUGUCUCGUCGUGCUUAUCGAACGGAGGAUUCCAGGUCCUGCAGCCGCGGCCGAGAUAGACGCCAGCGUGUUCGAAGCAGAUCUCGACCAAGAGCAAACCUUGACAGGACCUUCCACAAUCAUGGACAUCUACAAGUACGGAGACUUCGAUGAUGAUGCAACCUUAGCAACAAGCCUAUCCCCCGCGUUUUCACCCGCUGAAGUGCCUGCGUUGGAAGAUCUUGAGUUCGCCCCUUUUCUCGACGAGUGCAAGUUCGACAUCUGCAAAGUGAGCACGAUCAACAGGCGGAUAUCCAAUGAGCUUGAACCAGAUGCCAUUGCGGUGCGGUGGGGACUGCCAGUGCAUGCUGCUGCCAAGAUUGGAGGGAACUCGUACGCCGACUUGCCGGCUAUGUGUCAGGGCAAGAGUUAUUCGUUCCACCAGAACAGACCAGAGCAACACGUCGGACCAGAGAUUCUGUCAACACAGCAUCGCGGUUUCCUGCCGCCACUUCUGGACUUUCCACAUCAAGCAGCCUUGCGCCAGCGAGCGGUCGAGCUGCGAACAACGCAGGUCAUCCAGUCUUUCCUGGUGAACACACUGCGCCCAGACGCUGACCGUUCCAAGGUGCGACAAAUCUGCUUGACGGCGGUCAGCGUUUGUGUUCAAGCACAGCUUUGGCCAGUGCUGCACAAGACCGUUUUCGAGUGCUUCAAGGCCACUGGCCACAUGCACGUCUACUGUGCGUCCCUGGAGCCCUUCAUUCUGGAUGCCAGGAUCCCGCGUGCUGAGAUGGACUCGGAGGUCCUGUCUAGCAUCCUGCAGUCCUACACGUUGCCACUCCAAGAGGAAGAGCAAGAGGCGUCCCGGCUUCACAUGCAUGCAGGUGAACCGUGCGCUUUCGUUGACUGCGACCACUUCCCUGAGCUUUUUCCGGUAGCACGCAGGCUUCAACAACUUGUACUAUGUGUGGAUGUUGCAAAGCUUGACUUGAACCUGGCCAUCCGGCUGUUUACACACCACAGGUUGUGGACCGCGUUGGUUCAUGUGUACUGUGCUCUUGGAGAUUAUGUGACUCCACUGGAACUUCUUGUCGGAGAAUGUGUGCAGCUGGCGAAGGCGUGUACGCCAACCUGUGCAUUCUCGGAGGAAGCACCCUUACUGCAGUGCCGUUUGGUUCGGAAGUUGUUCUUCUUCCUUCACCAAUGCUUCGAGUUACGGCCAUUUCCGCUUGACUCGAAGGAUGUGGCUGUCCCUCAAAGCGCGAUCACAGAUUUGCUGGCGUGUAUCUUCAAAGUUCCACCUGAUCCAAGUCAGCAGGUUCCCCCGAUGUUUCAACGCCUGCUCCGGCUGUCUUCCCUGGGCCUGUUUCGCACGUUGUCGUUGCUUUUCACCUCACCGUCUGGAAGCCGCGCAGUUCACCAGGGGGACUGGUCCGGACAGGAGGACGGCGGCCUGGCAAGCUUGUUCCACUUGAUUCGGUCGUCGCUGGACGCUGUCAAGGAGAACAGCCCCCUGUCUGCUCACACCCAAAAGGAGUAUCUGUGGUUUGUGGCAAGAUCCGUGCCUCGUGCAAAACCUCAGCUAAGUGUAGAGGAGGUCGCGCAGGUGGUCGAUCAUCUGCUGUCCUGGCCAGUCAAAGGGAGAAGGCAGCGGUCUGAAGCAGAGCAACUUCUGAUCGGCGUGUUGGCCACGCAGGACUUCGACAGCAGCCAACUCGAUGUUAUCAUUGCGAAGGCAAUGACCGACUUCCUGGGGCUCGCAGCAUGGUUGCAUGAAAGGCGCGGUGAGUUCGGGAAGGCCUUGGACUGCAGGCUGCAGGAGCCGGAGCUGCGAGAGCAAAUCUUCGAAUACAUCAUCACAAAACUGGAUGAAGUAGGUGCUCCUCUUGUGGAAGCGACCCUUCAGAGACUCCAGGAGUUGGUGGAUGUAGACAAAGAGCGGUGCUCUUUGAUGCUUUGUGAGCAGUUUGCCACAGCGGACCACGCGCUUGUGUUGGAGUGCUUGAAGCAGUUUCCUCAGAUGGAGAUGAACUAUUUUGAGGCCUUGUUCAGCCGCCGUUUUGGUCUUGCAGACCGGCAGGCGUUCUUCAACGAGCACGUAGUUCAUUACAUUGACUUGUUGUGCCAAAACUGCCCCGAAGCCGUUCUGCCGUUCAUCCUAGAGAACGAGGCUUUGCCGCUGCGUGAGUGCCUCGAGCUUUGCAGCAGGUACGGUGUCACUGAUGCUUCGGUGCAUCUGCUGGAGCGCACCGGUGACUUUGCCAGCGUUUUGCAGCCCACGCCUAAGCAGAGCUCGGAAGCUUCGCUCUGCAUCGCCGGCGCCAUCAUGUUCCGCAGUGUGUUCAAGAGCGGUCGAACUCUUCGUGCAGUUGCAGCGGCAGGCGCUGCCGGUGCCACUGGUGCCGCAGGGCUUGCGCUCUGGGCACCGCAGGAAAGAAAGCAAAAAUCAGGGCCCUUGACAGCUCCUCUGCAGUGCGAAACAGACGCAGCCGCCCUUGGCGCUGCAGUGCUCGGAGGAUUGGCUCUGGGCGGUGCUGGCGGAUACUUGUUCGGGAAGAGCCAAGCCGAAGCCAGGACUGAGCGGUAUGAAAAGUAUUGGCCAAGGAAGAUCAUGAUGCUGUUCGGUGCUCCCGGUGCUGGCAAAGGGACACAGGGACCGAAGAUCGUUGAGACCCUGGACGUUCCGCAGCUCAGUACCGGUGAUAUGCUCCGUGAGGCUGUGGCAAAUGGAACGGAGGUCGGCAAGAAGGCAAAGGCGAUCAUGAGCUCAGGAGGCUUAGUCUCUGAUGACAUCGUGAUUGGCAUCAUCGCAGACAGAAUUAAGGAACCAGACUGCAAGGCAGGCUUCAUUUUGGAUGGCUUUCCCAGGACGCUUGCUCAGGCCAAGGCCUUGGACACGAUGCUGGCCAAGAGUGGGGAAAACGUCUCGCUCAUCCUGGAGUUCGCAGUAGAUCCGAAGAUGUUGGAAGAACGCAUCUGCGGACGAUGGAUGCACAAGGCAAGUGGCCGCUCCUACCACGUGCGCUCGUGCCCGCCCAAGUCCAUGAAGCUGGGUGCUGAUGGCAAGCCUGUUCCGGAAACGAUGAAGGACGACAUCACCGGCGAAGCCCUGUACCAGCGGUCGGACGACACGGCUGAAGCAUUGAAAACCCGCCUGGAUGCCUACAAGAACCAGACCCUCCCAAUUUUGGAGCACUACAAGGACAAGGGCAUCGUCAAACAAGUGGACGGAGGCAAGGGCAUCACUGAAGUCUGGGCAGAGGUUAGUUCGCUGGUGUUGAAUGAUUGUCGCGACGCCAUGGAGAAGCUCUGUGUGUCUUUCGCUGGCCAGCAGGGGGCCGACCGCAGUGCUGUUUCAAAGGUGCGGUCCUGGAUGCGCUCACGUGAGACGCCAGAGCGCGAGCUCUUCUGCGAUUCGAGCAAGGCUGUGAAACGCCUCUUGAACGGUGCCGAGGCCUGGUACGAGGGAUUUCCGGAGGCCCAGAAGUGCAUGAGGAUUUUUCAGAACGCGUACGAGCUCACUUCGAGGCCACCGCACGACUCGAUUCAGCUUGGGCAGUAUCCGUUCUCCCGGGUGAGGAACUCAAACAUCAUGACGGAGGCCCAACUGGAGGAACUGUGGUUUGGCAUUCUGGGUCUCACAGUUCGCAAGCAGGAGAGCCUGCAUGGUGGAUGCAUCGGGGGAUCGGAGCGUGGUCGACGGCUUGGCUUGGGGCUUGCUUUGCAGGAGCUAGCCUCCAAGGCCAUGACUGCGGUCUUGGCUUACUUGUCUUUGCCACGUUGUCUCAAGUGGAUGUGCGCCGAAUUCGGCCAGUCGACUUUAGGUACGUGGAAGGGCCCGCUGCAAAGCAUGCUGUCGGGGCUUGGCUUUCAGCAGGGCCUGCUGAAGGCUGCUACUGCAGUUGCGGCUCAGGACGUAAUGCGGCCUUUCAUCGUCCUCAAAGUAUGCGGAAGCAGAGGGGCCCUGGUGGCGCCAAGGCGAGCUGGAGGAUGCCGGAUUUAA